GUGUUCAGUGGGAAGCGGCCGGACUCAGAGUUCCCGCCUCCGCCACCGGGUAGCCUGUGCAAGACGUCCACUCUGCCGCCCGCGGAGGAAGGCCCACAGCAGGCCCUGACCUGCCUGAUCAGCGAGAAGGACCUGGAGCUCUUUGAGAAGCUGGGGGACGGCUCCUUUGGGGUGGUGCGGCGCGGAGAGUGGUGUGCGCCCACUGCCAAGACGCUUAACGUGGCCGUGAAGUGUCUCAAGACAGACGUGCUGAGCCAGCCGGAAGCCCUGGACGACUUCAUCCGAGAGGUCAACGCGAUGCAUUCCCUGGACCACAGGAACCUCAUCCGCUUGUACGGCGUGGUGCUGUCGAAUCCAAUGAAGAUGGUCACUGAGCUGGCCCCUCUGGGCUCCCUGCUGGACCGGCUGCGCAAGAACCAGGGCCACUUCCUGAUCUCCACGCUCUGCCAGUACGCCAUCCAGAUCGCCAGAGGCAUGGCCUACUUGGAGUCCAAGCGUUUCAUCCACCGUGACCUGGCUGCUCGCAACAUCCUCUUGGCCUCCAACGACCUGGUCAAGAUUGGGGAUUUUGGGCUCAUGAGGGCUUUGCCCAAGAACGACGAUCACUACGUCAUGCAGGAGCAUCGCAAGGUGCCUUUUGCCUGGUGUGCCCCCGAGAGUCUGAAAACCCGCACCUUUUCACAUGCCAGUGACACCUGGAUGUUUGGAGUGACGCUUUGGGAGAUGUUCACAUAUGGACAGGAACCCUGGGUUGGCCUUAAUGGUAGUCAGAUUUUGCACAAGAUUGACAAGGAGGGGGAGCGGCUGACCCGGCCAGAGGACUGCCCGCAGGACAUCUACAACGUCAUGCUACAGUGUUGGGCGCACAAACCGGAAGACCGACCGACCUUUGUAGCCCUGCGUGACUUUCUCUUGGAGGCUCAGCCCACAGACAUGCGGGCCCUGCAGGAUUUUGAAGAGUCGGACAAGCUCUUGAUCCAGAUGAGUGAUAUCAUCACCGUCAUCGAGGGCAGGUAUUGUGUGGGAAGGGCUAGGCUGGUGUGGGCUGGUCACACCUGCGCAGAGGUGGGGCGGAAAGGGCAUGCAACCUUGCGUGGAGAAGGGACCCUAACUUUCUCCUCCUCCGCUUCUGCUCUAUUGACGUAGAAAGCUGCGGAUCAC